AUUGAAAUCGAAAUUUUCAUCUUCCUUCCUCCUGUGUGUAUUAAUAGCCAUACAACUCUCUAUCUCAAAUCCAAAAGCCUCAGCUCGCAAAAACCAAUUCUCAACCAAAAAUGGCAGCAGUUGGCACGGUACGCGAAUCUCAAGGUUCCGAGAACAGCGUCGAAACCGAAAGCCUGGCUCGUUUCGCCGUCGAAGAAUACAACAAGAAAGAGAAUGCUCUGCUUGAGUUUGUGAGGGUGGUGAAUGAGAAGGUGCAGGUGGUUUCGGGCACUCUGCACUAUCUGACGAUUGAGGUCACCGACGCGGGGAAGAAGAAGCUCUUUGAAGCCAAGGUCUGGGUGAAGCCUUGGGCCAACUUCAAGGAAGUGCAGGAGUUCAAGCCUGUUACUGACUCUUAGUUUGUCUUGAGAGGUGAUCGAAGAUAAUGGAAGUGUAACAUGCUUCUGAAGGUCGGGGAGGCAAAGAAGAUAAGUUUAAAGUUUAAGUGCAAGAAUAAUGAAGGUAAAGUCUGAAUCAGAUGGAGCUACACCACUGUUAAUAUAUGAGUCUGUAGCAUGCCAAUCUUCUACAAAUUGGGGUGUAUACAUGCUUCCGUUGUAGUAUUUAUCUUGUGUCCUAAUUAAUACCAACCCUAAUCACUCAGUAUUGUUGUGUACUUAUUUUUCCAAUUUGAAUGCAAUGUGUUAUAAUUCUAUUCCCUAA